AUGCGCGUCGGGGGCCCCAGAUCUGGCGAUCAGCAUGCAUUCGAUCGCAUCGAUUUUCAGAGACAAGUGGAGGAUCUGAAGUGCGAGUCUGCAAAUGCCAGCGCCAAGCCAUAUCGUCUGCCGGACAGGGAUAGUUCUGGCUUCACUUUUGUGUUGACAGCUCUGCCUCGCUCGCCAGUUCUCUGCUCGUCCACCCUUUGCCCUGCCCCUGCCCUCGCACCUACCGACGCGAACGAAACCAGACGACACGAAUCCGCAGAGAUGGCAGCGGCAAAGACGACAGAAGAACUCGUGACCGAGAUCCUCGCCGCGCACGCAGCAGCAGGUUGGCCGGCUCCCACACCACCACCACCACCACCACCGACAUCUCUGCUGCCGCCGCCUCCUCGGAGGCAACAAAUCUUCACAGACGGCUCGUGGGGAAAGCAGAGCACGUUCGGCGGCUGCGCUUUCGUCGCCUUUGUGCGGCAAAGCAACCGAUGGCAAGGGAUGGCGUUCACCCUCGGCAGAAUACCAGAUAGCCUGACCGCAGAAAUCGCCGGCAUCUCCUUCGCCCUGAGCUGGGCAAUCGCGAACAAAGACCUCCCUUGCGACGAGUGGAUGAUCCGCACCGACUGCAAGAAAGCCAUCGAUGUCAUUGGCGAACAACUCCGAGCCGACAGGGAGGGGGAAGACCUGGUUCGCUGCGGCGACGACCUAUUGGAAGCAAUCGUGUGGAAGGCGAGAACACUGCGAAAGAUGGGAAAAUCUGUGCGAAUGACGUGGAUCCCGGGCCACACAGUCGAAGAUGAUAGCGAAGCCGAAGGCAACCGGAUUGCGGACGAUUGGGCGUUGAAAAUGUCGCUUUUGUCGGAGAAGAGAAAUCUUGGGCUCGGACAGCACCAGGAGGAGUUUUGGGAGUAUUCGGAGCAUUGA